AUGAAUAAUAAUGAAUCAACAAAUUUGUUCGGUUCUAAUGAAACAAAUGCAUUACUUGGUCUACCGUCCAAUAUACUUUUAUUAGUUAUACUUAUGCGUAUUGGUUCAUUUAGUAGACGUCAAAGUGUUUUAGCACGUUUAUCAUUUAUGAAAAUAAAAUCAACAGGUUCAUUUGAAAGAUUUUUAUUUGAAGUUGUUUUUAUUGAUACACUUUUAAUAAUUUAUCAUUUUGUUGACAAUUUUUUAAGUUAUAUACAUGAAGAUCGAUCAACUGGUCAACAUUAUCUUAUACAUGUAUCAGACUUUUGUUGUAAAUUUUUUACUUAUAUUGCUAAAAUGAGUGUUCUUUUGACAACAUGGUUAUUAUUAUUUUUAAUUAUUAAUCAACUUAUACUUACUAUGGAACAUAAUAAUCAACAUCAUCGUUCAUGUUGGAAUCGUGGUUUAUAUUAUGUUAAUGCAAAAUAUUCAACUGUUUUUCUUGUAUUUAUUUUCAGCGUUUACAAUAUAUAUCCAAUUGAAGUUCUUAAAUAUAAAAAAAAAGAAGAUUUACAAGAUUAUCAAAAAGUAGAAGGCGUUCCUGGUGUAUGUUCAACUCAAUUAGAAGGUAAAAGUACACAAUUAUUAAAUAUAACAAAUUAUAGUUAUAAUUUGCUUGGCGUUGCUAUACCUUGUGUUAUAAUACUUAUUAUAUCAAUAAUAAUUAUUUAUCGUACAUGUCGAAAUAAUACAUAUAUGAAUAAAGAAUGUGCGUCAUUUUAUUAUAUAGCUGGAACAAUUGGUAUUAUGCAUGCAUUAUUUAACUUACCAGCACGUUUAAGUGAUCUUCUAUUAUUAUUUUCAUCAGCAUAUGUAUCAUUUUAUCCAUAUUUAAUUAAUUUUAAUCAUGAAGCCCAAUCUUUUAUAUAUUUGUCAUAUGGAUAUAAAUGUUUUAUAUGUAUAUUAAUAAGUCGACGUUUUCGUUUACAUGCUAAAAGUGUUUUAUGUUUUUUAAUUGAAAGUAAAUAUGAAGAUCGUCAUACAACAGAAAGAUUUAAUGCAACCAAUGAUUGGCAUCAUAUAGAAAAACUAAAAACACCUACAAGAUAUUAUCAUCACCAAUAUCAUGGAACAGAUUCUUAUAAAAAUAUAAUACCAGUUGAAAAACCAUUAUCAAGAAAGUUCCCAUUUUCACACAUUAACAAAGAAGAUUUACAACGGUUUAUAACAUCAGAAACGACAUCGUGGAUUCGACCAUAUUUUACUCAAAAUGAAAAACAUAAUUUAUUAAGACCAUGUGGUCGUUCAGUUAGUUGUCAUGAACUAUCUAUACCAUUUUCAUCAAUACCAUCUAAUGUUGUUGAAGUACCUAAUACUUAUUCUCCAAAUGAAUUAAAUACGUCAUCAUCACAUAUUAUAACAGAUUCUUCAUCAUCAUAUAAUGUUAGUAUAGCUUUACCAAAUGGUGACUAUGCAUAUUUACCAUUACCACAAAAACAAGCAUUAAAUUAUCGAUUGUCUUCUGCAUCAUCAUCAAAAAAGAAUAAAAAUGAUCCGUCAUCCCAUAAAGAUUCAUUAAAAAUGACUUUAUUUUCAGAAAAUGUUAAAGAACAGCCUAUAAAUAGGAUAAAUCUCCUUUCAUCAUCACAUAUUUAUUGA